AUGGCGACGCGAUCGCAGCGCUACUCGCAGUUGCUCUCGUCGCAUCCCUACCACUCCGCGAUUUCGUCCGCGCCGUCCUUCGCUCUCGGCGCGAGCGACGGCGGCGACAAUGGCACUGGGGCCGUCGCCGUCGCCGGCAGCCCCGCCUCGGUGCAGGACGACGGCGUCGGCGCGUUAGCCUCCCCGCGGCUGACCGAGCUGCCCCGGGGUGCGGUCUCCGCCUCCGACCGCUUCUUCGUCUCGCCGGCGCGCGCGGCCUCGCUCGUCGACGCGGCCGGCGCUCGCAAAGGCGCGGGCGAUGCCCUGUGGGGGGCCGUGCUCGUGGAGACGUACUCGAGCGACCCCAGGGGGCAGUUCUUGGAGUCCAUGGCCGAGAUGGCAGCGGCGUGCGACGCGGAGGGGAUGCCGGCCCCGGAGUACCGGGAGUUCAUGGAGGAGAUGCUGUCUUGCUACCUGGAGCGCAACGACCGGGGCGUCCACCGGCAUGUCCUCGCGGCCUUCGCCGACCUCACCGCGCGCCGGUGGCCGACGAAGAGGAGGAGGCCACUCCGGCGACUGAUGAAGAUAAACCCGUGCGUUUCGGGCACAUGAUGGUAGUGAUCAGAUACAUCAAGAAGCAACUUCUGUACUGCUACUAGUAGAGAUUCUUCAAGCUUUCCGAUCCAAAAAAGAAGAGUUCUUCAAGCUGUCUAGUAAUUUUGUUAGUAAUUCAGAAGUAGAGUUGUAACAGGCUCAUCAGCAAGUUAAAAAAGACUUAUCAAAGAUAAAAGCUGAUGCUUGCCAAAAAAACUUUUUCUUACCGUAGUCAGAUGAUGAGCGUAUAAUCGCCGUAGCCUCCGAACUAGAGGCCAUAUUUGGCGGGCAGAGUUCACAAAACGGAGCUCCUAGCAGUCGGAGUCGGUCAAAUUCGAA